AUGGCGCUGGCGCACCAGCGGCGCGCCGCCGUGCUGUCGUACCCGCCGUUGAAGCGGCGGGGCGCGGCGGGGUCGCUGGCGCGCGUGAUCGGCGACGACGGGCUCCGCGCCGACGGCCGGUCGCUGGAGGAGAGCCGCGCCGCGUUUCUCAAGGCAAAGACGGUCACACAGGCGUCGGGGUCGGCCUAUGCGGAGUUCGGCGGCACCAAAGUGAUAGUGGCCGUCUUUGGUCCACGGGAGAGUCGCAAGGCGGAGCAGUCGGUGGGGGGGAAGGGGCGGCUCAAGUGUGACGUCAGAAUAGCACCCUUCGCCACGCCCAACCGCAACAGCAGCACGCAGGGAGCAGAGGAGCGGCUAGCUAGUGAGGUGGAGAGUGCGCUGCUGCCGGCCAUUCAGCUGCACCUCUUUCCCAAGGCCACCCUCGACGUCUCCUUGCUGCUGCUGGAGUCUGGUGGAGCUGACGUGGCAGUGAUGAUCACAGCGGCAUCCAUGGCGCUGGCAGAUGCAGGCGUGCAUCUCAACGACCUGGUUACCGCGUCGGUUGUGAGCAUAUGCCGUGGCGACCUGCUAUUGGAUCCCAGUUCACAGGAGGAGCGGGUGGAGGAGGGACGGGUGGUGGUGGCGCUGAUGCCAUCACUGAACGAGGUGGUGCUGUGCAAUGCCACGGGGAAUAUGUCGGUCAAACGAGUCAAUGAAGCGGUGGAGCUGGGUAUUGCUGGGUGCAUGAGACUAGAUGAAGUGUUACGAGCUACACUCAGGGACGAAGCAGCAGCUGCUUUAGCAUGA